UGUGAAUACUUUAGCACUAAGUUUAUUUAACAUUAUUAUGAUAAACUAACGUUAAUUUUUUGCAGAUUCAAAGGCCAGACGAAAAUAUAAUCAGAUUAAUAGACUGUUAUAUUGGAAGAGUAAAUGGAUUCUCUUACGGAUCGUUUCAAAGAUUUGUUAAAAUGAAGCGAAAGGGAGUGAUUAAGCCCACAGGCCCUUCUGAUAUCUAUAGAUUGUCGCCUACAUCAUCUAUAGAGUAUGGCUGGUGGCAGCAUGAUCCAGAAAUAACGAAUACUACUUGGCAUCACACAUAUCCAAGAUGGCCACAACCUUCUUCUCCAAAUACCCUUAUUCUCGAUGUGGUUCGAAAAAAUAACAAAUAUGCCACACUAUUCUGAUUACAGGGAUAUAACUUUAUGAGUUGUUUGUUUUAAUAAUAAUUAAAAUCUAUCAUAUUGUAUUCAAACUCAAUGGAAGUAUUUUAAAAUAAAAAAUAAGUUCUUCAAUCAAACUAGAUUUCACUAGCGAUAUUCGGAUAUUGUCUAUAAUAUUAUAUAAUUUUGUUUCUGACGUAACAAAAGUAAUUUGAGUAUCGAAAAUUAAUAAAUAUGACAUCGUUUCGCGUUUCUUAUAAUAUCUUACUUUCAAAUUUAUUUUAUUUUAUUUGAAUCGUAAAUUUAAGUUAUUUAUUAUGUUACGUGUAAAGGAACGAUGUUUGAAUUAUAUGUCAACAUUAAUGAUGAGCCAACUUAUUGGUUGCUCGUAACUUCAAUUGACUCGAUUCAUCCGAAUUUAGGAUUGGAACCAAGAACAAAAAGCGGAGUGCUGAAAUUA